AUGGGUAUAAAACACCUCUACCAAAUAAUAUCUGAAAAUGCACCUGACUCGAUUAAAACUGGGGAAAUUAAGAAUCAAUUUGGGAGGAAAGUCGCGAUUGAUGCCUCCAUGAGCAUCUAUAGCUUUCUCAUAGCAGUCCGCUCCGAUGGACAGCAGCUCAUGAACGAGACUGGCGAGACCACCUCUCAUUUAAUGGGCUUCUUUUACCGCACAUUGCGCAUGGUCGACAAUGGUAUCAAACCCCUCUACGUGUUCGACGGCGCUCCUCCCAAACUGAAAUCCGGUGAGCUUGCCAAGCGGAUGGCUCGUAAACAGGAAGCGGCCGAACAGCAUGAGGAAGCAAAGGAGACCGGUACUGCAGAAGAAGUGGAGAAGUUCUCGAGGCGCACAGUACGAGUAACUAGAGAACACAAUGAAGAAUGCAAACGGCUGUUGAAGUUGAUGGGUAUUCCAUACAUUGAUGCUCCGACGGAGGCAGAGGCGCAGUGCGCGGUGUUGGCGAGGGCGGGAAAAGUGUAUGCUGCUGCAUCAGAGGAUAUGGAUACGUUAUGUUUUGACUCGCCGAUUUUAUUGCGACAUCUCACAUUCAGCGAACAGAGGAAAGAACCAAUUUUGGAGAUUCAUUUAGAUCGGGUUCUGGAAGGGCUACAGAUGGACAGAAAACAGUUUGUUGACCUGUGCAUCUUGCUGGGUUGCGAUUAUGUGGAUCCAAUUCCCAAAGUUGGUCCCAACACAGCACUUAAGAUGAUCCGCGACCAUGGGACCCUUGAAAAAGUGGUCGAGGCUAUCCAGAAUGACCCUAAAAAGAAGUACAACUUACCGGAGGAUUGGCCUUACGAGCAAGCUCGCGAUCUCUUCUUCGAGCCGGAUGUUCGGUCUGCUGAUCAUCCGGACUGUGAUUUCAAAUGGGACGCUCCUGAUGUUGAAGGAUUAGUAAAAUUUUUGGUUGAAGGAAAGGGGUUUAAUGAAGAUCGCGUGCGGAGCGGCGCAGCGCGAUUGCAAAAGAAUUUAAAAACGGCACAACAGUCGCGAUUAGAAGGUUUCUUCAAGCCAGUCGCAAAAACAGACGCAGAAAAAGCGAGUAUGAAACGGAAGCACGAGGAAAAAUUAGAAGCGGCGAAGAAGAAGAAAAAGGAGGAUGCAAAGGCCAAAAAAGACGCGAGAUCGAGGCCGAAAGGGACGGGGUAG